AUGGAAAAUCGAACCAAUGUGACUGAGUUUAUUCUCCUGGGACUUUCCAGUGACCCACAGAUUCAGAUUUUCUUCUUCCUGGUGUUUUUAGUUGUCUACCUAGCCACACUUUUGGCGAACAUGGUGAUCAUGCUGGUGGUAAGGGCUGAUUCUCACCUUCACACCCCCAUGUACUUCUUCCUCUUCCAUUUGUCCUUUGUCGAUAUCUGCUAUUCCUCAGCCAUUGUCCCUAAGAUGUUGGUGAAUUUCCUAGCAGAGCACAAAACCAUUUCUGUCAAUGGCUGCCUUGCCCAGAUGUUCUUCAUAUUCCUGCCAGCUGGUGCUGAAAUUUUUAUUCUCUCAGCAAUGGCGUAUGACCGCUAUACUGCCAUCUGUGACCCAUUGCGUUACAUGAAGACCAUGAGCAAAGGAAUCUGUGUUCUGCUGGUGAGUGGUGCAUGGGCAAUAGGCUUCACAGAUGCCCUACUUAACACAGUUUUAGCCCUCAGGUUGCAUUUCUGUGGCUUCAAUCAAAUCCACCAUUUCAGCUGUGAGCUCCCUCCUCUAUUACAACUGUCCUGCACUGACACCUUCACCAAUCAAGUGGUGCUGUUUACUUCUGUUGUCAUACUUGGAUCAAGCUCCUUCCUCUUCACCCUCAUCUCCUACAUUCACAUCAUCUGCACCAUCCUGAGGAUACGCUCUGCGGAGGGCAGGCGUAAAGCCUUCUCCACCUGCAGCUCCCACCUCAUGGUGGUUGGUUUGUUGUACCUGACAGCUUUUUUCCAGUACACAAAACCCAGCUCAGUCUCCUCUGUGGCUCUGGAUGAAAUCGUCUCCAUCCAGUACAGCAUCUUGACUCCCAUGUUAAACCCCAUCAUCUACAGCCUAAAAAACAAGGAGGUGAAAACAGCUGUAGGGAAAAUGUUGGGGAAAUUCAAGUUUCUCAAGUAG